GUGUGACACAGUUUCGAGUGUUGAGGAGUCAGUCUCGAGCAGGAAUUAGGGCAUACGCCUCCCGGAGGUCGGUGAAGCCGCGUCUACGGCCACUGAUUUCAAAUGGAGUAAAUAUUUCGCCUACUAGUCAACCUUCAGAGCAUGCGAUUGCGGCUGCAGCUACAGUUGACCACCGGUCACGCCACGAAUGCACCAUCCUAACAGUGGCGACAUCUCCGGGCUUUGGAAUCCGCAUAGAGCGUCGUUGCACGGCGCUGUCGAAUGUGCCGCCCACGUUCCCUCGGUGAGCGUGUACAUCCACUCCCGGGAAACGCGGUUUCUUCGAGAAUGGGAGAUCGUGGAAGAUCCGCCUCGCCGUCCAGACUCUCCUCAACCGACUCCGCCUUCGUCCCGACCGACGCGUGCGUCAAAACCGCGGACGGUGCGCCGUCUACUGCCGUUCCAGUUGCCGGCGCGUAGACGGCGUAUGCGGGCGAGCACGUCUUUUGCCAUCGGCAGUUCGCUGCGGCCCGUAGGUCCCCUUUCGCGCGACGAGUGAAGCUCCCGUUCUCGAGCUGUAUUCCUACAUCUACAUUCAUGUAUAUCGUUCGGAAACAUAUAUUU